CCCUCCUGCCCCAGCUCUGCCUGGCUCCAAGUGCCUCCUGCUCUCAGCAUGGCGCUGCUCUGGGCCCUCACCGUCUUGAGCCUCCUGCCGCUGCUGGAGGCUCAGAGCCCGGCGUGUGCCAACCUCACAGUUAAGCCCAUCACCAACGCCACCCUGGACUGGCUCUCUGGCAAGUGGUUUUACAUCGGCUCAGCUUUUCGGAACCCUGAGUACAAGCAGGAGGCGCAAAAGAUCCAAGCGGACUUCUUCUACUUCAGCCCCAACCUGACGGCGGACACGAUUCUGCUCCAUGAGUACCAGAGCGUUGGGGACCGGUGCGUCUACAACUCCAGCUACCUGAAGGUCCGGCGAGAGAAUGGGACCCUCUCCAAAUUCGAGGGCGCCAGAGAGCACAUCGCUUACCUGCUGCUCCUCAGGGACCCCAGGACCUACAUUCUGGCCUUCUCGCUGGACGACGAGAAGAACCAGGGGAUGUCCUUCUACGCUGACAAGCCCGAGGCCACCCCCGAGCAGCUGGAGGAAUUCCACGAGGCUCUCGUGUGCAAGGGCAUGAACAAGUCAGAGGUCAUGUACACAGACUGGAAAAAGGACGUGUGUGAGCCGCUGCAGAAGCAGCAUGAGCUGGAGAGGAAGAAGGCAGAAGAGGAGCCCUAGCCGGCCUGGGGGGGUCGUCCCCGGAGGUCCGGGGAGCCACGCACCCCCGCACCCCUUUUGCUGGGGAUCUCUCCGCAUCAGUAAAGGUUCUGCUUGGAACAGUU